AGGGUGGGGGGUGGGGGGGGUGGGAGGCCUCGGCAGCUUGAUCUGAUUUUGAAAAUCACAAGAUCCCUCUUCAGGGCCAUAAAGAUGGAGGACAGGAAGCGCCUUGCUUAUUCAAUCAUUCAGUUCCUGCAUGACCAAGUGAAACAUGGAAGACUCUCUUCUGAUGCCCAGGAGAGUUUGGAAGCUUCAAUCCAGUGCCUGGAGACAGCUUUUGAGGUGACUGUUGAUGACCGACAUCUAGCUGUAUCACAAACUCUGCCAGAAAUAUUUGAAGCUGCUAUAGAAAGAGGAGAGGUGCGCAACAUACACAAGAAUUCUGAGCCCAUCCCCACCAUUGAUAAAGAGACACCUGAAGCUGAAAGAUUCAAAAGGAAAGGAAAUGAACAAAUGAAAAAGGAAAACUUUGAAGAGGCAGUCUCUUUCUAUGGAAAAGCAAUUGAAUUAAAUCCAACCAAUGCAGUGUAUUUUUGCAACAGAGCUGCGGCCUACAGCAAAAUUGGAGAUUAUGCAGGUGCUAUGAAAGACUGUGAAAGAGCCAUUGGCAUAGACCCCUACUACAGCAAAGCCUAUGGCAGAAUGGGAUUAGCACUUUUAAGUUUAAACAAGCACAAGGAGGCUGUGGGCUACUAUAAGAAGGCCCUGGAGCUGGACCCAGACAAUGACAUGUACAAAACAAACUUCAAGUUAGCUCAAAAGAAAAUGAAAGAAACAUCCGAUGCUACAGAAAACACUGGAGGCAUUGACCUAGCUGGCUUACUGAGUAACCCAGGUCUGAGGAAUAUGGCAUCAAACCUCAUGAAUAAUCCUCAAGUACAGCAAGUUGUGUCUGGGGUGGCAUCAAGUAUCCAAAAUCAUUCUGGAGCUGCCAGAGGCAACCGUUCUCCAAAUAACAUCUCCAACCUCCUCCAGGCAGGCCAACAUUUUGCUCAGCAGCUACAGCAACAAAAUCCAGAGUUGAUAGAACAGCUCAAAAACCAGAUUAGGAGUCGAAGCUCCAAAACCAGCAAUGAUGAUCAGAAGGAAUGAAAAAGCUAAGGUCAGCACCAUUGAGAAUUAAGUCCUUCUGUGAAGAGACUGAAAAACCACAUGUUCUGCCAUUUCUCCAGUUGGAAUUUCCACGAGAAAAAGAAAAAAAAAAUAAUGGACCUGCAUGUUAAGAUGGAUUCUUAUUUUUCUUUCUUUCCUUCUCUUUCUUUCUUCCAUUCCCCAUACUCUUUCUUUCCCCUGAAAAUGAGCCAUCAAGCUAUAAACAAACCAGCAUUUACUCCCUUA